AUGCGCCGCUUGCCACUCCUGCUCGCAGCCAUCAUCUGCGCCGCCAACAGCCAACAGUGCCCGCCGCUCGGCGCCAUGGGCCGCACGUCGUCCGACCCGUCGUUGAUGGCCGCGGCGAAGCGCGAGAUCCACGCGUCGCUCGCGAGGGACGGCAAGGCGGCCUCCGCGCAACACGCGCUCGAAGACGUGCUCUGGAACAAGAAGGAGACCGUGCUGAUCCUCGACAACCGCGUGAUCGUCGACCGGUCGUUCCUCCGCCACGCGAAGCACCCCGCGCACGCGGCGCUGGCCGCGAGCGUCGGCGCGCGGCGCGCGCUGCCGAACGCGGCCUACCGCUUCAGCGCGGGCACGCGGGGCGUGAAGCGCAGCGGCUGCAGGCGGCCGUUCCCGCUCGCGGUGAUCACGAAGAUGACGGGCUACGAUCAGUGCGGCGUGCUCGUGCCGAACCCCUACUUCGGCCCGGACCUCGACGCCUACGCGCGGCAGACGGGCGAGGCGCGCGCGCUCGCCCGGGCGCGGCCGCUGGCGAGCCGCGUCGGCCGCGCGCUCUGGCGGGGCAACAUCUCGUCGCGCGCGUGCGACAAGGAGCUCGGGAACCGCGCGCGGCUCGCCGCGACGGCGCUCUCCGUCGACUUCCCGGACCUCUUCGACGCGAGGUGCCCGCCCGGCGGCUGCGACCCGCGGCCGCCGUCGGAGCCCUGCGACGAGGCCGACGUCGCCGCGCGGAUCCUCGCGGACUACGGCGGGUCCGCGGCGCCGACGUUCGCCAACUACACGGCGACGAUGGUCGCCGCCGCCGCGGACCCGGCCGCGUACCUCGUGGGCGGCUACGUGCCGCCGUCCAAGUUCAGUGACUGGAAGUACGCGCUCCACCUGCCGGGCGCGUUCACGGGCUCCUACUCGCGGAACCUGAACAAGCUCUGGGCCCUCGGCUCCGUCGUGCUGCUCUGGGCCGCGCCCUACGUCGAGUUCUACUUCCCGGGCCUGAGCCACGGCGCCACGCACCUCGCCGUCGACGCCUGCACGGCGCCGCGCGCCGUCGCGGCGCUCGAGGCCGACGGCGCCCGCGCGGCGGCGCUCGCGGCGGGCGCGGGCCGCGUCUUCGACGAGCUGCUCUGCGCGGACUGCCUCGCGGACUUUUACGUCGCCGCCGUCGAGGGCCUGCGGGCCCACUACGACCUCGGGAGCGCCCUCGACGGGGGCCGCGACGCCGCGGCGUUCCUCCGCGGCCGGACGAACUGCUCGGACCUCGACCUCGUCGCCGUCCGCGGCUCGCGGCCCUGGUCCGAGAAGUACGGCCGGGGCCUGCCGACGACGCACGUCCUCACGGAGCCUGGACACAAUCGUCAGCAGGACGUCGAGCGGCGGCGGAUGCCGUCGAGCUUGCUGAUGGGGCUCACGACGACGGGCGCGGGCCGGUCGCCGAGCGCACCGCGGCGCGGCGGGCUCGCGAAGCGGUCCUCGUCCUCGGAGUUGGCGCGGCUCCGGCUCCCGAGGCUCCCGAAGACGGCGCGCGGCUCGUCCUCCGACCCGGCGCGGGACCGCGACACGAGCGCGGGCAGGCUCUUCGCCGAGGCGCUGGAGUCGUCGGAGACCGCGCGGACGUCGCGCGCGCCGCGAAACGGAUCGCGGCGCGUCGCGCCAAAGUCGUCGGCCUGGGCCGGCCGGUCCGACUGGGUCCGGAAGAGGCUCCGGCGGCCCGACUGGGAGAGCUUGGACAUGUCGACGGCCUGGUUCGGCACGCGGUCGACCUUGGGCGGCUCCCAGGGCACGGACGGCGGCACGAAGCGGCCGCGGCCGCCCGGCCGCGCGGCGACGCCGGGGUUCGUCGGCGCGUUCAGGUAG